ACGAAUCUGAUUAAUUGUUAGAUGGUGAAUGGCAAGAAGCUCGAGACGCCAUGACUAACAUUUGCGCUUUUUGUUAAGCUAGUAUCACUUGCGCAUUACCAAAAAUGGCUCCGGAGUCUCGUGGGCAAAAGCGCAGACGCGAAGCCCGAGGCGCGUCGCAAGCUGAAGAAGAAGCGCCAGCACCCCGAAAGCGACGAACAACCAAAGAACCCCGACCUGAAAGUGAGAACCAAGAACCACGAACCGAAGUCUUAGCCUCACAGAGAACUAGCAAGCGCCGGCGUCUGGAUCAGAAUGACAGCGAGGCGGCGGGUGAGAGCGGGGUGCAAGCUGGUGGCGACCGCACAGAACAACAAAAGAAGAGACGAGGCAGACCAUCGCGCUCGGCUGCAGAGGUAGAUACUGAAGCGGCAGUUCCUACCAGAAAACGAGGCCGGCCGCCCAGAACAUCUUCGGUGGCAGCAGUUGUUCAAUCACCAGCUAUGGGUGAUUCACAAACUAAGCGGAAACGAAGGAGGCAUUCCCUGGCCCGAGUCGCUGUUGAAGAGGCCCAGAACCAGCAAAGUCGCUCAGAUAUCUCAAAGCCUGCCAAGAAACGUGGCCGCCCUUCGCUGUCAGAAAAGCAUCCAGUACAGCCACAGUCUGUCUCAAAACCAGCUCGGAGGUCGACCGGGGCAGCAAAGCCAUCCGCUGACCUUGCAAAUACUCCGAAUGCUGAGGGGCCCCGGAUGUCAGAGUUCGGACCGAGGGAAUCUACGAAGCCUCGGCCAAAAAAACCGCGAAACUCCUCAGGUGGUGGUCGGGAUGAGGACCCCACUACAGAGACAGACGUCGAACCGUAUACACGGCAUAAGGGACCUCUUUUCGAAGCCGAGUAUCAGUAUAUCACCGAGAAAAUGGUCACAGUCCCGAGGUCUAAAAUCUCGUCAAAGUGGUUUCCGCUCGAUGUUAAGUCCGUUACAGCUGUGCAUGAUAUACUUCUCAACGCGCAACGUCCAGUUCUGCAUCACCUGCGCCAUGGUCGGCGGCGCCAGGAGCACGCUGCAUCCAUCAUGACAGCUGUGGCUAAUCGGGUACAGAGGAAGCUCGGUAGAGGCUUCCCAUUUCCGCCACCUACAAUCCGUACUAAUCGGACGAGCACUUUUGCGACAGAGCAAACAUUCAGAUCAGGGCACGCAGAUGAGCUGGAUUACGAGCGCGCUGUUGAUGCUGCUCAGGCUCUCGAGGACCAACUCAACCCCACUCUGCAUUCAAUCGCGCUUCUCAAGGCCGAACUUAAGAAGCAGGAAAAAGCUCUUGAGGAUGACUAUAGGAGCUUGCGGACGCUGGAGAGCAAUGCGCGAGACGAGGCGCGAUCAUGGAAGAAAUCAAUGCGAACAACACACGUCUUGGCCCCCGAGGCUAGGUCAAUCUUGCCGAACGGUGGCAACGAUAGUAAAAGCGAGCGUUGGACGGAUUUGGAGCUCGUCAUCCCCAAAAGACAGGAUGGCAACCUCUACCAGAACCUCGAGGACGAGGAGUUGCUCAAGAUAUCGCAGCAGAUAGGAAGUCACAUGGAAAGUAUGCAAGGAAAUCUACGGCAGGUCAAUGGAAUUCUUCCAGCGAUGGAAACCACAAAGGCCGCGCUUCACGAGGUACUGUUGAAACACUUGGAUUCCUCUAAGUGCGAUGAGGUGCUGCUUGGAUAAGCAGAAACUGGACUAGGUCGAGCAAUAGCAGCGAGAGACAUGUGUUUGAUACUUGGGACGGAGGCAAUAAUGUUCUUGUAUGAAUAAUGAGUCAUGAUUUAAACGAUCCACAGUCUUUACUUGAAAGCCACUG